AUUGAGAAUGAGGCGCGGAAAAUUCAGCAAAAGUAUACGGAUGCCAUCUCCAAAUCUAUCAAGGAUUUGGACUUACGAUUCCUGCGCAAGAUGCAGUCGGUCUACUUUGAUUGCGGAAAAAAGUGCUGUGAUCACGAGGACUGGGACACUGAACAAGUACAGUCUUGUAUUGAGCGCUGCGAGAAACCUGUGGGCGCUGCCCAGAAUUUAGUGCAAAACGAGUUGAGCCAGUUACAGAAUCGUCUUCAAACCUGUAUUCGCGAGUGUUCUCAUCGUGCCUACGACAAAUUCAAGGGCGACGAACAGAUCACAGAUUCGCAGAGAAUGCUAGUGCAGAAGGAGAGCCUUGCGUGCAGUACCCAAUGUGUUGACGAACAGCUCUUGAGUGCAAUUCCAGCCACCAUGGGACGAAUUUCAACACAGCUAGAAAAACUCCGGAAGGAACAAUUCGAUAACUAG